GACCCUCCAGUGCUGCAGUCUGAAGGGGAUGUGGUGAUCGGAGGGCUGUUCCCCCUGCACUACAUGGCUCCAGAGUUGGACAAUAAAUUUGACACCAAACCACAGCAUCACCAGUGCAGUGGGUUUGAUUUGCGUGCCUUUCGCUGGGUCCAAACCAUGAUAUUUGCUAUUGAGGAAAUAAAUGGGAACUCCAGCCUGUUGCCAGGGGUAACUCUGGGCUACAGGAUCGUAGACAGCUGUGACCAUGUCCGGACUGGCCUGAGAGGGGUGCUGUCUCUAAUCAGUGGUUCCUUUGUGCAGAAACAGGGGCAGACUCAAUGCAUGGCCAAGAUCCCUGUGCCUGCUGUCAUUGGUCUGGCAUCCUCCACACCGACCCGUGCAGUGGCACACUUACUGGGACCAUUUAAAAUCCCACUGAUCAGCUACUUUGCCACUUGCACUUGCCUCACAGAUAAGAAAGUGUAUCCCUCAUUCCUGCGCACUGUGCCCAGUGACAUGUUCCAGGUGCAGGCGUUGGUCCGGCUGGUCACUUAUUUUGGGUGGCACUGGGUGGGUAUGGUGGGCACUGAGGAUGACUACAGCCACUAUGGUAUCCAGGCCUUCACUGAUCAGCUGCAGGCCCAGGGUAGCUGUUUGGCCUUCCACAAAACCCUGCCCAGAGCAGCUACUCCAGAGCAGAUCCACUCCAUUGUUGAUGUAUUAGAAGUCUCAACAGCUCAUGUAGUGGUUGUGUUUGCCACUGAAGGCCAGUUAUUGGGUCUGCUAACUGAGGUUGCCCGCCGGAACCUGACCAGUAUGCAGUGGGUGGCCAGUGAGGCCUGGGUGACUGCCAGGGUUCUCACCCGUCCUGAGUUCCAGCCCAUCCUGGCUGGCACGCUGGGAUUCUCCUUCCGAGGCACCACAAUCCCUGGACUGUAUGAAUUCUUGCUGAAGGUACGGCCUUCACCAGGACCCGAAUCCGUUUUCACCAACAUGUUCUGGGAAGAGCAGUUUGGCUGUAACCUAGCUUUCCAUGGUAAUGGUAAUGAUGGUAGGCCAGUCUGUACUGGCUCUGAGGACCUGCAGACCAGACAGAGCAGCUACACAGAAGUGUUGCAGGUGAGGAUCUCCUAUAAUGUGUAUAAGGCAGUGUAUACCAUUGCUCAUGCACUACACAGACUACUGCAGUGUGGACCCACGCACAAGAAUUCGGCUCUCAGAUCCUGUAAAACCAACUCAACUUUCACAUCUACAGAGCUUUUACACUACCUGAAAGAGAUCAAUUUUACAAAUCAAUUUGGUGAGAAGGUAAAUUUUGACACCAGUGGUGAACCUGUACCCCUUUAUGAUAUCAUCAACUGGCAGAAAGAUGGCUGGGGUAGCAUAAGGUUCCAGAAAGUGGGGAGCUACGAUGGCUCUGCCCCCUAUGAGCACCAACUGAAGAUAAACAAGGCAUUAAUAGAGUGGGCAGGAGGGCAUUCUCAGGUUGUGUCACUCUGCACUGCCCCCUGUCCUCUCGGUACCCGGCAGGCCACUCGCCCAGGCAAACCCAUCUGCUGCUUUGACUGCCUUCCUUGUGCUGAUGGAGAAAUAAGCAACCUCACGGGUGCCACAGAGUGUACCAAGUGUCCUCUAUAUUACUGGUCAGACAGAGACAGGAUUGCCUGUAUGGCAGGUUUCGAGGAGUAUCUCUCCUUCCAGGAGGUCAUGGGCAUCACCCUGGUUACCCUGUCUCUCCUGGGUGUUGCUGGAGCAACUGUUGUUACCAUAAUUUUUUUCAUCUUCCGAGCCACGCCAGUUGUCAAGGCCAACAAUUCAGAAGUGAGCUUUUUGCUGCUGUUGUCACUCAAGCUCUGUUUCCUUUGCUCACUGGUAUUCAUAGGUAAGCCAUCCCCGUGGUCCUGCCGCACUCGCCAGGCUGCAUUUGGGAUCAGCUUUGUCUUCUGCAUAUCAUGCAUCUUGGUCAAGAGCAUUGUAGUUCUCCUGGCCUUCCGCUCCACCAUGCCCAGGUUCAACAUAGUGAAACUGUUUGGACCACCUCAGCAACGGGCCUUCAUCUUCUGCUGCACUGCAGGCCAAGUCAUCCUGUGUGCUUUUUGGCUGGCUUGGGCUCCACCUUUACCCUUCAAGAAUGCCUCCUACCAGGGUGGAAGAAUUGUGCUGGAAUGUAAGGAUGCUUGGCCUUUGGGUUUUUAUGUGGUGCUGGGCUACACUGGUCUUCUCUCCUGCGCCUGUUUUGUCUUAGCCUUCCUUGGGCGGAAGCUUCCAGAUGCCUUCAAUGAGGCCAAGUUCAUCACCUUCAGCAUGCUCAUCUUCUUCGCUGUUUGGAUCUCUUUCAUACCUGCAUAUAUCAGCACCCCAGGGAAAUACAGGGUUGCCAUAGAGAUCUUCGCUAUCUUAGCAUCUGCUUUUGGAUUGCUGUUUUGUAUCUUUAUGCCUAAGUGUUACAUCAUCUUGCUGAGUCCAGAGAAGAACACCAAGAAAGGAAUGACACAGCGAUCCUCACAUUAA